AUGACGUUAGUUCUGAAAGCAUCAAACAAGUUGGAAAUUAAUGAUGGUAUUUGUGUUCAACAGUCGGAGUCAUAUAGUGAUUUAAAUCAUGUUGUUAUCGACAGUAUUCCAUCAUUAUUAGGGUUUUAUGAAAAAAAGAAACAAGAAAUCAAUAAAACCUUAAAGAAGAUAAAACAAUCAAAUAAUAGUUGUUAUUCAAGACAACACACUGAUGAUAGUAAGAAACAAGCUACAGACAACAAGGCUGGGGAUCAAAAACAACAACCCACCUCAAACAAUCCUAACAAUAAUCAAAAUCCUCCUACUCAAACUCCAAAUAAUACUAAUACACCAGGAGGAGGAAAUAACCAACCUCCUCCUAAUAACAACCCACCUCCUAACAAUAAUCCACCACCUCCUAAUAACAAUCCACCCCCAAACAAUAAUGCAAAAAAACCUGAAGAUCAAAAAUUUUCAAAGAAACUUGCCAAGUUUACAUCUCAAUUUAAAGUGAACCCAGAAGGAAAAUUCAAAACGUAUUGGGAUCUAUUUGUUCUGUUAAUCAUAUUCUACAAUUGGGGAACAGUUGCUUACAGAUGUGCUUUUUACAAGUCUGAUUAUUUUUGGAUUGGUAUUGAUUUAGUAAUGGAUUUCAUUCUGUGGAUUGAUAUAUUGUUGAGGUUUAGAAUUACAUACUUGGAAUUUGGCCUCCCAGUUACAGAUUCAAAACGUAUUGCAAAGAUAUAUGCCAAAAGUUGGGGUUUCUGGAUAGAUGUAUUUGCAAAUUUACCCUUUGAGUUUAUUGGUUAUGGAGCAACACCAAGGUACUGGUCGUUCUAUAGGAUCAAUAGAUAUGCCAGAGUUUAUAGGUAUAAUGACUAUUUCCAAACAUUUGAAGAAGGAUUUCCAAUUAUUCACCCAGCCAUUAUGAAAUUGAUUAAGUAUAUUAUGUUGUUCGUUGUUUCUCAUUGGAUUGUUGCAAUGUUUUAUCAAUGGGUUCUUGAAACUGAAGUCACACCAUUUUCAGGUUUCUUUCUUGGAGAUAUGUCUCAAUCAGAAGCUCAAAAAAUCCUACGAGCAAUCUAUUGGUCAAUUGGUCAAAUGAACGGAUACGCCAAUACGAAUCCAGAUAGUGACUUGGAGACAUGGUGUAUGUUACUUAUUACAAUUAUUGGUUUAGCACUUUACGUUGCUAUCGUCGGUACAGUCGGUUCUAUCUUGGGUGAUUUGAAUGCUCAAAAAGAAGAAUUUGAGAAUUUCCUUGAUGGUAUCAAAGCCUUUAUGAAUUACAGAAAAUUGACUCAAGAUUUGCAAGCAAAAGUUAUUGAAUACUACACUUAUCUUUGGAAAACAAGAAAAACCUUAGAUGAAGACAAAAUGUUAGCAGAACUUCCAGAACAUUUGAAGAUUGAAGUAUCUCUAUUUUUAAAUAAGGAUAUUAUCCAAAAGAUUCCAUUCUUCCAACAUUUAGAAGAACAGUUUAUCAAUUCUCUAGUAUUGAAAUUGAAACCAAAAGUUACUUUACCAAAUUCCUUAAUUGUAAGAAAGGGAGAUAUUGGAAGAGAAAUGUUUUUCAUCAACAGAGGUUCUGUUGAAGUUAUUGGUGAAGCGAAUAAGGAGGGUGUGAUUCCUGUUUUUGCUACAUUAUCAGAAGGUUCUUUCUUUGGAGAAAUGGCAAUCAUUAACAAUUCCAAGAGAGGAGCAUCAAUUAGAGCUAAAGGUUAUUGCGAUCUUUCAGUUUUGACUAAGGAAGACUUUAAACUUAUCAUGGAAACCUUCCCAGAAACUGUGAGAGAACAAAUUAACAAUGAAGUUAAGAAGAGAACUGCUCCUCCACCACCACCUUCUUCUAAUCCACCACCACCUCAACAACAACAACAACCUCCUCAAAGUAGAGCUAAUUCCUCAUUGACCCUUCCACAACCAUCAAGUACAAACAGCAGUAGACCAUCAUCUUCUACUUCAAGAAAAUAA